UCCUCCUCCAAGGGAAACCGGGUGGUUUCAGCGAUAACAGAAUCAGGUGGGAGGGGGGCAGACUCUCGAGACCAUGUCGCGGAUCGAGCACCCGCUUGGCUGGCCCCCUUGCUUUUUUUUCCCUCUUGGCCCAUCAUGUCGAGAGAUGAGGCUCGUUGGGCGACAUGCCGUGUGUCUCAAUUUGGCCAAUCCGGGGAAGACCAGGUGCGCCUGCACGCGAGCACGCAAGAGAUAUCAACCCGCUUGUGCCUUGUAAAUACCAACGUAGUAGUAGGGAUGGCUGCGGCGAAACAGUCGUCGCGGCCUGGAAACCCGCCCCCCCCGGUACCAUGGCCGCCGAGCUUGCUUGACCGCCAAACACGCCGUUGCGCGGUGGCAAAGGUGGUUGGCAGGCAGGCAGUGACAGCCUCCUCUAAACAGGGCAGCGACUGUCACGGGGGGUUCCCUUCGCGAUUACCUACUGCCACGCCCAAGACCGCUCUGUUUCUUAUCUACGUAGCACUCAAAAGAACUCGGCAAUCUCCGCCGUUGUCCAAGAAUGGCAAUGAUGGUGAUAUAAUUAACGGAAAGGAAAAGAAGAAGAAAAGACAAAAAAAACACCUACCAAAGCUUGCUGGCGGUUGCCUGCCUGUCGAGAGCGAAAAGAGUAAACUGUGGGAAUGAACCGAUCAGACGCCCAAUCGUCUUACAGGGAUGCUGUUAACAAUGGAAAUGUCCAU